AUGAAACGAAAGGAAUCAACGUUCCAUCCUAUUCAGUUACAAUGGCCUUUUGAUCCAGAAAGUAUAACAAUCCCUGUAUGGGCUCGAGAGAGAUAUCGUCUAACUCAAUACUGUCCAGGAAGGAAUGAUCCUGAUAUUGGUGCGGGUCAACGUGUUGGACUUCUAACCCGAUGGGAUACAAUUAAGCUCAAUAGCAUGUAUUGUCCUAAUCAGAUAGAUGAAGCGGAUCCUCGACGUGGCCCAUGUGUUGUACCGCGAGCCAAAGACUUGGAUGAAUUCAAUCGACGCGUCUUCGCUUACAAGAGACUUCUGACGAAAGAUAAACGCUCAAGAAACUAG